CUUUAGUCUUUAUUUAACCACUCUCUCUGACCGGACUAAGGAAGAAAAAAAAAAAAAAAAAAAAAAAAAGAAAAAAGCGCCAACCUUGUUUUACUCUGAUUUUCCGUUUGGUUCCCGAGAAUCAUUGGAAUUUUCUCUGGGAAAAUUUUUCAUCAGUGUUAUGUGAAGCAGGUUUGUUGGUUUUCUUCUUCAUCUUCUUCAAGUUCGAGCUAGUUUAAAAUCGUGGAGGAGGAGUGGAAAAUGACGUCGGGGACGAGAAUGCCGACGUGGAAGGAGAGAGAAAACAACAAGAGGAGAGAGAGGAGGAGGCGAGCGAUCGCGGCGAAGAUCUACGCAGGUCUGAGAAUGUACGGUAACUACAAGCUCCCGAAGCACUGCGACAACAACGAGGUCCUCAAAGCUCUCUGCAACGAGGCCGGUUGGACCGUCGAAGAAGACGGCACCACAUACCGAAAGGGAUGCAAACCUGUUGAUCGAAUGGACAUUAUGGGUGGAUCUACUUCUGCAAGUCCAUGCUCAUCCUACCAACCGAGCCCAUGUGCAUCUUACAAUCCAAGUCCUGGCUCAUCUUCCUUCCCAAGCCCAGUCUCUUCACGUUAUGCUGCCAAUGCCAAGGGUAAUGCUGAUGCCGAUUCGCUCAUCCCAUGGCUGAAAAAUCUUUCAUCAAGCUCAUCAUCAGCAUCAUCCAAGCUCCCCUACCAUCUUAAUGUCCAUGGAGGUUCCAUAAGUGCUCCAGUCACCCCUCCAUUGAGCUCCCCAACAGCCCGAACUCCCAGAACCAAAAAUGACUGGGAUGAUCCAACUGUUGCCCCAUCAUGGGCUGGGCAACACUAUUCUUUCCUGCCCUCGUCUACCCCUCCAAGUCCUGGCCGUCAGGGCCUGCCUGAUUCACGGUGGCUUGCUGGUAUCCAAAUUCCCCAAAGCGGGCCAUCAUCUCCCACAUUUAGUCUUGUAUCACCAAACCCAUUUGGAUUUAUGGAGGAGGCUUUCUCAGGUGGAGGGUCUCGGAUGUGGACUCCUGGGCAGAGUGGCACAUGCUCUCCUGCAAUACCUGCAGGCAUUGAUCACACCUCAGACGUUCCAAUGUCAGAUGGGAUUGCUGCUGAAUUUGCAUUUGGAAGUAAUACAACUGGAUUGGUGAAGCCCUGGGAAGGAGAAAGGAUCCAUGAGGAAUGUGUAUCUGAUGAUCUUGAACUUACACUUGGGAGCUCUAGAACUAGGUAGAGAGGCUCAACAGAAGUUGGUAGUGCAAAUUAUCCAUUGGUCUCUUGGUUUGGGUCUUCCUUCUUGUGCAAAAUUCAAGUCCCAUGUCCCUGGUUGUUUCCAUUGGCAAGGCAUGCCAGUUAGAAGUACAGUGAGUAGGAGCAGCUUCUUUUCUAGUUUUUCCAUCCAUUUUCUGUUCCCCCUUCAUCCAUAAAAAUAGAGAACAAAAAAUUAAAUUAUAAAUAGUUCAUGGUGGUGCUUUGCCCCUUCAGUUCAAUUCUUUCUUCUAAUUUUCUUUUUUCAUUUUUUCUUAGAGAGGAAGUUUCGUUUAUGGAUUUCUUGUUGGUUGCUGGAGUGAUUUCAUGUUUGUGAUUGAAAGGGAUUUUGGAUGUCAAGAUUAACUGAAUGAUUAUGGAGUUACUAACUACACUAGUGCAAUUAA